AUGUCAACACUUCCUCUCUGUCUGUCUGUUUGUCUGUCUCUGUCUGUCUGUCUGUCUCUCUCUCUGUCUCUCUCUGUCUCUCUGUCUCUGUCUCUCUCUCUCUCUCUGUCUCUUUUCUGUCACAUGACGGAAUUCUUGGCUUCUUGCUCGCUUUCAUUCCUUAUUCAACAAAUUAUUUCUCUCUCUCUCUCUCUGCUUACGUGUUACUUUACUUUUUUUCUCUAUUUUCUUUUUUUUUUCUUUUUUAUCCUUACUUCCAUUCGACUUUUCUUUUUUAGUGUUAAUAUGUUUCUUUCUCUCAUUGAUUUCAUUUUAUUUUUAAUAUUUUUCUUUCUUUCCUUCUUUUUAUUUUUAAUAUUUUUCUUCUUUUCCUACUUUUUAUUUUUAACAUUUUUCUUUCUUUACUUCGUUCAUUUUAAGCAUUUUCCUUUUCCUUCGUUUCUUGUUUUCUUUCAUUUCUCUUUUAAACGACUUUCGUUUUAUUUAUUUUUCUUCUUUUCUUUCUGUUCAGAAAAAGUAUUUUUUUCUUUCUGCUAUUUUGAAUCUCUGUCCUUUUAUUCAUUUUUCUUUCCUUUCUUGUAUUCAUUCCUCAUUAAUAUAUUAUUUUUCCUUUGUUAUUUUCUUUACUUACCCUCCUCUUCUUUUCUCAAUUAUUUUUCUUUUUUCCUUCACACUCUUUAUUUUUAUUUUCCAACUCUUUUCUCAUCGCUUAUUCCUUUUCGUUUUGCUCUCUUUCUACUUCUUUUCCCUCUCUUUAAUGAUGUCUCUUUUUUCUUCUCUCUCUUCCUUCAUUUUUUAAAACUUUUCUUUCUUUCUUUCUUUCUUUCUUUCUUUCUUUCUUUCUUUCUUUCUUUCUUUCUUUCUUUCUUUCUGUACCUCUUUAUUUUUAUUUAUUUUCCUAAAUUUCAUUCGGAAUCAUGUCUCUUUUUCCUCUCCAUUUUUUAA